UUAAACAUCUGGGACAGUUUGGUGAUUGUUUAGUAAUAUUUUUAGUGUUUUAGUGUGUGAGUUUUGAUGGAUGUGUUUGUGUGGCAGCGAGCUGACAGAGGGGUUCUGGGAUCAUCGUCACAGAUGGAGGCUGAGACAGGCGAAGCAGGUGAGACGCUGAGCCUGACGGUCAUCAGGGCUGGUGAUGGUCAGCUGGGCUUCAGCGUGCGAGGAGGAUCUGAACAUGGACUCGGUGUCUUCAUCAGCAGAGUGCAGAAGAACAGCGCCGCAGAGCUGGCGGGGCUGUGUGUCGGUGAUAAGCUGCUGGAGGUGAACGGCGUGAGUCUGGAGAACAUCAGCAUGAGCAGCGCUGUGAAGGUGAUGAUGGGUCACGCUCGCCUCCGUCUGCUCGUCCAGCGGCUGGGACGCGUGCCUGGCCUUCGGUACACUAACGAGAAGACCACCUGGGUGGAUCUGAUCCAUCGGCGGAUGGUGGUGGAGGAAUCGGACGCUCCCGUCUCGGUGUACAGCUCAGAUGGAGCACUGUGCCGGACGGUUCACCUCCAUCUCUCUCAGCACCAGCCCUGUCUGGGGCUCAACAUCCGCGGAGGACGAGAAUACAACCUGGGCAUCUAUAUCUCCAAGCUGGAUCCUGGAGGUCUGGCGGAACAGGGCGGAGUUAAGAUGGGCGAUCAGAUCCUCUCAGCCAAUGGCGUGAGCUUUGAGAACAUUAACCAUUACAGAGCUGUGGAAGUGCUAAAGAGUCAGCCUCAUGUCAUACUGACUAUAAAAGAAACAGGCAGAUAUCCGGCCUACAAAGAAAUGGUGACAGAGCUCAGCUGGAUGAAUAAAACGGGCAGUGAAGCGGUCUGUUCGUCCUCGCAAGGGUCAGAGUCUCACUCGUCCACCUCCUCUCUGUCCUCCGGGACGCCCCUGGGCUCCGUGAGCGGACUCUCUCAAGCCACUCUGCCCGUCAGCUUGCCUUUAGGAGCCAAAAUGUCUGACGCCUGCGGCUCCGCCGAGGCCCAGUUUCAUCCAGAGUCCACUGAUAGUGACGGUCAUGCAGAGCAGCUGCGGACCGUCAGCCGAGGACCCACAGAACUGCUGCAGGACUCUGCGAUCCGGAGCGAAGGAGAGCUGGGACACAGAAGAAGGGAAGGCAGGAAAACAUCUCUGCUCACGGCUUUCAGCAGACCGAGUCCUCCUGUACGCCGAACCCGAAGUCACGUGACCGUGUCAGAAGAGGAAAAGAAACGGACGAGGAAGCAGACCGAAAGAGGAGAAGAGGCAAGCAGUCCGCUGCAGCGCUCCAGAAUGUUCUUCAGUCUGUUUCGAAAGAGAGAUUCCUCGAGAUCCGCUCCAGAUCUCCGUCCGCUCAGAGAGAGCGGUCUGGGUAAUAUUACACAAAUGAGCGCUCUAACUCAGGUGCGAGAGAUGGCCGUCAGAUUGCUGGAGGAUGAAGACGUGGUCGUGCUCAUGGAGAUCUGUGAGCGGUAUCUAUCAGAGCGAGGGCUGAAGACGUUCGUGCAUCCGCUGCUGGCCGUCCUGAACACGCCAGAGAAGCUCCUGCUGCUCCGAGAGAUCAGAUCGCUCGUGUCCUCCGCUGAUCUUCCGCUCUUCAACAGCAUGGUGUCUCCAUUUGAAGAAGGAGCUUACGAUGUUCUGAAGAGUCGCUCAUGCCGAAGUUCUCCCCUCCGCUCUCUCUCCUCAGUCAGGCCACGCCCCCAGCGACACCUCAUCACACCUGUACCAGAUCUGUGCGGUGGAUUUGAGCUUCACGCCACCGAGGAUCUUGAGAGACGGAGUCAGCUUCUGGAAGCUCUGGAGCGCCUGCAUCUGUCCUGCGGUCAGGACCAGAACGAGUCCAGAGGCUUCAGCCCGUUGCUGGACGUUCCUGUGGACACUUUCGCUCAUUCAGACUCGCUGACCUCCUCCGGGACGUCUGGGCUCCUUCCUAACUGGCUGCUGGCGGAGAACACGCGUCCAGACCCUGGUCAAGCUCUCCUGUCAGAGAGCGGACGGUCAGAUGUUCUGUCCACUGUAGUGGAUGCUCCUCGACACAAGAGACCGCUGCUGUCGCAGGUCUUCGGCUCCCUGAAGAAGUCCCACAGUUCAACAGUGUCUCCUGCGGCGGAGAAACACAGCAGUGAAGAGUUUGAGCUCACCACCGUCCACAUCAGCAAAACCAAGCAGUCUCUGGGGAUCAGUAUAUCCGGAGGCUCAGAGUCUCGGGUUCAGCCCGUGGUGAAGAUCGAGAGGAUUUUCCCCGGAGGAGCUGCGUCUGCCAGCGAUGCUCUGCGGGCUGGUUUUGAGCUGGUGUCAGUGGACGGCGUCUCUCUGCAGGCCGUCACUCAUCAGGACGCUGUGGACAUCAUCCGACAGGCCUUCAGUAAUAAGAACAUCAACCCCAUGCAGCUCGUGGUCAAAGUUCCCCGAGAGCCCGGAGUCUCAUGACACACACUGGAACCAGUUUGGGAGGUCCGUCUCCUCCAGUGGAAGCCAGCUCCAAGUGAUUGUCGUUCCAGUCUCUUAUCAAGUCCUCGUGUGAAUACGAGCGAGUCCCGAAGCCUUUGGCUCGUCCGGCCAUGGCCC